AUGCUAUUCGAAGAAACGGAUACAGAGGAAAGUGGCGACUCAGAGAGUGAUAUGAGCAGUUUGGAUAAUGGCUUUUCCAGAAUGCAAUUCGAAUCAUCAAGUUCCGAAGAACAAGUUACGGAUGAUGGCGAUGAUGAUGUGGAUUCACAAGUCUGGAGCGAAAUAGAAUCAGAAUCGGAUAUUGAAUUCUCGGAGGAUUAUGGAAUGAUGGAAGAAGUACCGGCAGAUUCGGAAGAUAGUGCAAUCAAUCCUAUCGAUUGCUACCGACAUUUUAUCACUGAUGAGAUUAUUAGUCUCAUGGUUCGUGAAACCAGUCGAUAUGCAGAACAACACUUACAAACGCAGGAGCUUACCAAGAGAUCGAAGACUCUUCAAUGGAAACCAACUACUAAUGAAGAAAUGCUCAAAUUUUUGGGCAUAAUUAUUGAAAUAGGAUUAGUGCGAAUGGCAGAAAUAGAAUAUUAUUGGAGCAAAAGCAAGCUGUUUGGAUCCGAAGUCAUUCAAAAUACGAUGUCAAGGGAUAGAUUUGAAUUACUUCUCAAAUUUUUUCAUUUGUCGAAUAACCAAGAAGAGCAUGCUGACCAAGACAGGCUGUUCAGGCUGAGACCACUUUUAGAUUCAUUGAGAGCUAAAUUCAAGUCAAUUUACGUUCCUGGCUCCGUUAUUUCUAUAUUCGGCGUUGUCGUGCGCACCUCGCCAUUUAUCGAAAGCCUUAACCCGUCCCGCUCUCCACUCGAACAUGCAUGGUUCAAAUCGAUUGUGAAUAGCUGA